AAAUGUUUAAACCUUUAAGUGGUAAAAUAAUCACAGUAAUUGGAUCAUCUGGAUAUGUAGGUUCUAACGUAAUAAAAAGUGCCAUUUAAUAUGGUGCAAUAGUGAAUGGAGUUUCUCGAAGUGGAUAGCCAACAACAUAAUAAAAUUGGACUAGAGAGGUAAAUUGGAUUAAAGGUGAUGCAAUGAAAGCUCAUGAAUUCAAAGAUAUUUUAUAAAAAAGUGAUAUGGUGAUACAUACAAUUGGAACACUAAUCGAUUCGUCAGUUUUAAAAAAUAAGAAACCGUAUUUAAUAUUGAAUAAUUUAGAGGUGAGCAAGGCACUUAUGAACAAAUGAAUAGAGACACCGCUCUUAAUGUUGUUAAAGAAUUGAUGAAUACAAAUGUAAAGUUUGUAUAUGUAAGUGGUUCAGCUCAUCCCCCCUUUUUAAAAAGAUAUUUGACUACAAAACAAGAAGUAGAAUAACAUAUUUUAAGUCUUCAUUAAGUAUUUUUCAAUUUAAAAAUUUCUUAGCAAUAAUAACUUAAUCCUAUAAUAGUUAGACCAGGAUUCAUUUACAGUCUAACUCAAAGAUGGUGGAGUGUUCCAUUAAAAUAUGAUUUGGCUUUAUGGAAAUGUGUACAUGACAAUGCUUCUAGAUUUGUUCCUUAAAAUUCAUUUGUUGGAUAAUUAUUUAAUGAAUUCAAAGUUGAUUCUUCUAUUGAUUUAUAAGAUGUUGUUGAUUCAUGCUUGGCUCCUUUGAAAAUUGAUUUAGUAGGAAAAUCAUUAAAUAACUAAGAAAUGGAAAAAAUUGCUUAAUAAUUUAGAAGCUUAAAAUGAUAAUAGC